AUGAGGCGGACGCCGGCCGCCGAGCGCCUCUCGGAGCUGGGUUUUCCCCCGCGGCGCGGGCGCCAGGAGCCGCCUUUUCCGCUGGGUGUCACUCGGGGGCGGGGAGGGUGGCCCAUUGAAAAGCGCCGCGAGGGGGCCCGGCCAGUGCCCUUCGGUGAGCGCUCGCGGGAGGACGGCAGAGAGCAGCCGGCUCGCCGCUCCGGGAUCUUGUGGCGCGUCAGGACGCGGCUGUCCCUGUGCCGGGACCCCGAACCGCCACCGCCACCGCCACCGCCACCGCCACCGCCACCGCCACCGCCACCGCCACCGCUCUGCCUCCUGCGACUCAGCCUCCUCUGCGCUCUCCGGGCAGGCGGCCGCGGAAGCCGCUGGAGUGAGGACGGCGCGCGGCUGCUGCUGCUGCCCCCAGCCCGGGCGUCUGGAAGCCGAAAGGCCGAGCCGAGCAGCAGCAGCAGCAACAUCAGCAGCAGCAGCAACAGCAGCAGCAGCACCCCUUAUGCCGGAAGGAUGCUGGAGAGCAGCGGCUGCAAGGCGCUGAAGGAAGGAGUGCUGGAGAAGCGCAGCGACGGGCUGCUGCAGCUCUGGAAGAAGAAGUGCUGCAUCCUCACCGAGGAAGGGCUGCUGCUCAUCCCGCCCAAGCAGCUGCAGCAGCAGCAGCAGCAGCAGCAGCAACAGCAGCAGCAGCAGCAGCAGCAGCCCGGGCAGGGGACCGCGGAACAGUCCCAACCUAGUGGCCCCGCCGUCGCCGGCCUCGAGCCACCCGUCAAGCUCAAGGAAUUGCACUUUUCCAAUAUGAAGACUGUGGACUGCGUGGAGCGCAAGGGCAAGUACAUGUACUUCACUGUGGUGAUGGCGGAGGGCAAAGAGAUCGACUUUCGGUGCCCCCAGGACCAGGGCUGGAACGCGGAGAUCACGUUGCAGAUGGUGCAGUACAAAAACCGUCAGGCCAUACUGGCGGUCAAGUCGACGCGGCAGAAGCAGCAGCACCUGGUCCAGCAGCAGCCUCCGCAGACGCAGCAGAUCCAGCCCCAGCCCCAGCCCCAGCCCCAGUCCCAACCGCAGAUCCAGCCUCAAUCGCAGAUGCAGCCCCAGCCGCAGAUGCAGCCCCAGCCGCAGAUGCAGCCCCAACAGCUACCCAAGCCUCAGCCCCAACAGCUCCACCCCUACCCGCAUCCUCAUCCUCAUCCUCACCCUCACCCUCAUCCUCACCCGCACCAGCAUCCGCACCCGCACCCUCAUCCACACCAACUCCAGCACGCGCACCAGCCUCCUCCUCACUCGCAGCCGCACGGCCACCGGCUUCUCCGCAGCACCUCCAACUCUGCCUGAAGAGGGCGGCACCCCGGCCACUCAAGGUUUUGAGGACUCCGGGAAGUGGGACAAAUGCAUUGCUGUUGUGUUUACUUGGAUCAAGAACAAGUCUCCCCACCCCGUGCCAGCUCAAGUAGUUUGGACAUCACCCGACUGAUAACUUGCUUGCAGUUCCUCUUAGUUUUCUGCGUAAUCUUCAUCACCGUGCAGGAAGCGAUUCUGAGUCAAGACGACUUUAUUUAUGAACCUUUGAAAGGAUCAUCUAAUGUAAUGGACCUUGUAGGAGCAAUUUAUGUACUGUAAUUUUAUUUUAAUGUAUUUUGGUUUAUGAUUAUUUAUUAGUUUUUUUAUGCCUAUUCUAAGACAUUUCUGAAUGUAGGCCACCCGCCCCCCCCCCAAUGAAACUUUAUUUUCAGAAACUUGUUUCCUAGUAAGCCCUAAUCUUGGAAAAGAAAAAGGGUGUUGGAGGGGGCAAACACUACAAAAUUGAUUCCUUCUCCUUAGGGUGUUCUCAGAAAGUCGACUCUUUCAUUGUAUUUGAAGAGGUUGAAAUUAAAUUCUGACAUUACUUUUA